AAUUCUGCAUCCGUCCAUCCGUCGCCCCAUCCGUCGCCCGGCCGUCCUACCAGCUGGUAUGUCAGGUAAAUGACAGAAGCGACGGAGAAUUCCCCAUUGCAUAUGUGCCCCAUAGAUGAGGCGCCCAAAGCUGUAUCUGGCAUUGGCAUUGGGCAUAUUCCUAUUUUUCGCCUCUCCGCAGGAUCGAGACGCUGCAGGGCCAUUUCCUCCCAGCCCACCCGAGGCCCGGCCAGGCGCUUGAUGAGUCGCGCACUAGUUAGCUAUAGCGUCGAGGGGCGAAUUCGAUAGUCGAGGGGAGGAAUAGCGAAAGCAACUAGCUACGAGGCGCACACUAAUGCGUGCCGUAUGUACGCACGACUGUGUCUCAAUUUGCUUUCCCCCUUGGACGAGACACACGAGGCUCCCACGUUCUUCUGGCGAUCCUGAGCAGUUAGACAAGACUGCAUACCAACAGUUCCCUUUCGUAGGAAGAGAGGGAGGCUGUUUCGUUACGGGGUUUGCGCCGCCAAUAGUCUUCGACGUUCUGUCCCUACGUCAAUCCCACGUUAUUCCCAAACGUGGUUGCGACGCCCUGCCGCGUGGUCACGCAUCAUUCCUUGUCGAUGCCGCACCCCCCCUCCUCUUCCCUCACUCUCUCACCCAUCAGCGAGACGUUGUGGCUUGCGGUUGGCAUGACAGGAGGAUCCUGACUUUCUCUCCCAUUGGCCUCUCCGCACCGGCGCUGCGGUUCCUUGUUUCUCAUCACAUCUAUUCUCCUGCGGCAGACACUUGUAUAUCCACUAACAACCACGUAACGGAGCCUGGAUCGUACAUGGUGAGUUUUCAGGGCAUUAGCGCGCCACGCAUUGCCGUUGGUUGUGUUCCUUACUCCCCUCUGUGGCCGGCCGCUAGUGGCCUAGAAGGGCGGGUGAUGACUUAUGGCAACCCCAGCAGAAACAUUCUCACCCUGACAGGAGACGUGCCAUACAUAUUAACGUUGAUGUUUUAGUUGUUUCUGUUCGUAGCCAUUCUCAAGGGAGCCCGGGUUCAGGCUCCCUAGGAUCGGCCCUAGGAGGGUCCAUCCCAAUUGACCAGGGCCGUCCCGUCUGGUCGGUAUACAGGAAGCAUUCCUCGAACCCCCCCCCCUCCCCCCUCUCCACCCAUACAGACGCACUCUCUCGCCCUCCCUCUCAGACCGCCGGACAGGAGCUGGUUCCGGACGGGGACCGGCGCGCCCGGCGCUGUGAUC